UGUUCGUUGACUUCCGGUCAUAUCCGCAGCCGGUGGUGUCACUCAACAGCCGGGGAGACUCAAAUCAAAACACAUUUUAGGUAUGAGCCGCUGAUGGUCAGUCAUGGACGAAGACGACAGUCAAGACGAGCAAAUUAAUCCCAGUGCUUCCUGCAGUAAAGUUAAAAGGGCUGUAUUCGGUUCAACAUCAGGUGAAUCGAAUGAUGAGUCCGAUCAAGCGGAUUCUGACAGCGGUGAAGAUGAUGAUGAUGAAGAAGAGGAUGAGGAUGGAGCAGAGGAAGAUGAGUCUGAUGUCAGCGAGGAUGAGGAUUUGAAGGCUGAGGAGGGAGCGUGUGGUCAGACCUCCGGUGCUCUUGCGGGGAUGAGUUCAGACGAGGACGCUGAUAAAUGCCCCAUCUGCCUCAAUUCAUUCAGUGUACAGCCUGUGGCCACCCCAGAGAGCUGUGAGCACUACUUCUGCCUCGAUUGCAUUCUGGAAUGGGCCAAAAAUGCAAAUUCCUGCCCCGUGGACCGUAUUUCCUUCAACAGCAUAUACCUGAGGAAGUCUUAUGGAGGAAAAGUGCAGAAAGUGAUUACAGUGCGGAAACCUGUAAAGGAAGUUCAAGACGACGUGUUAAAUGUGGACCUGGAGCAGACCAACUGUGAGGUGUGCGGCGGCAGUGAUCGAGAGGAUCGUCUGUUGCUCUGUGACGGGUGUGACGCUGGUUACCACAUGGAGUGUCUCACGCCGCCUCUUGAUGCUGUUCCCAUUGAAGAGUGGUUCUGUCCGGAGUGUGUUUCCAACAACCUUCACCAAAGGGGAUCUGCUGAAGACAUCAGCGAGGCAGAGAGCAUCCCGUCCACCGCACAUCAGUCCAGGAGACGCUCUCAAUCCAAUGCUGCCCGGCCCACCAGAGCCAUCGCACGAACCCAGCAGAGCGAGAGAGUCCGCGCUAACGUCAACCGCAAUCGGAUUACACAGGCACGCUCAUCGCAGUUGGCGCCCACCUAUUUAAUUCAGUCUUCCUGGCUGGAUGACACUAUCAAUGCAGUUGUUGCUGGGCUGAACACUGCGGUCUACGUCAGAGAUCUUACACCUCGUCCCCCGACCAGGCGCCGACGCAGAACAGCGAAGCGGCGGAAGGUCCUCAGCGGUAAAAGCUCCUCCGCAAAGGUCGGAAAAAUGAAAACGGGUGGCACAAGGAGGAGGAAGACAAAGCGGAGAGUCAGAAGGACCCAGUCCAGAAAAACUGCUGCAAAAAGGCCCGCAAUGAAGCCCCCUGUGCCUGUGGUGUACCGGGGCUCGGAGAAUACACUGAGCAACAUGAGAGCUAACAUUGGUGCUCCAUCCCUCUCCAUUUAUGGGGAUCCUUUUGAUCUGGAUCCAUUUGCAGAGGAUGAUGAUGACGACCCGCAAGAUCACGUCACACAUUUGCUUGAGGCCAAAAGGAGAGGGAUCUCUCACUCUGCUCUUCGCUCCCAUCAGCCUGUAGCCCGCCCAGUAUCUGCUGGACUCUCGAGGAGAGGUUUGGAUAUCCCUCAGUCCAACGGUGUUGUGGAGGCAGCGCCUGUGCCAGACCUUCUUGGAAGCAUCCUGUCUGGACAAAAUAUGUUGUUCAUGGACAGCGCAGAUAUUGAUAUCAACAGGGAUGGCUCUCUCCAAGCAACCAAACCAACAAGUCUAUCCUCAAAGUUCAAUCCAGGCCACAGCAAAAGCAAUAGCUCAGGAGAGUCCAGUGCUCAGAUGAACACGGGUCUGACGCCCAACUUCAGUGACAAUGCUUUUUCUCCCGGGACCUCCUGUUCACCCACCAGACCCUUUUCUAAUAGCAUGUCUGUGUUACCCUCAUCCCUGCCUUCCACCUUCAACCACACCCGCCAAGAAUUACCAGCAAGACCUCGACCUGGCUUUCAGCCCCCUGGUUCCAGCAGACCCAUCUCAACUCAUGGCGUCGGUCAGGCAAGGAAUGUCGGGUGUCUGUCGACUGCCUCAAAUGCUUGCUCAAACAGCAAGAAGACAUCUGUGCCACAAGCAAAAAAAGCUCAAAUAAAGCCGAUGUGGCAGGAUAUUUCUGAGCUUCCGAGGAUACCGAAAAUAAAAAGGGAGCAUAACAUUGGCUCCAGCCGCAGUCACGAGCGAGGAAGCACUUCUAGUCAUGGCGCUUGCAGACCAGACGCCUUCAUGAACACACUGGCUGGAGACAGGAUGCCGCAGACAAAUGUAGAUCAACGCGGGGCAACCAGUCGACAGACCUCCAGGUCAGACAGAGCUGGAUCGUCAUCAACCUUUUCCAACUCGUCCUAUCCCACAUCUUCCUCCUCCUCGUCCUCCUCCUCUCAGCUGGGUCAUUCCACAAUCGCCUCUUCAUCGUCCUCGUCUGUCAGCUUCCGCAUUAACUCGAGUGGGAACUCGCUGCUUUCUAGGCGCCUCAGCAAUGCGUCGUCGUCUUUAGGCAGCCACAGCAUGGGGGACCACCGGAAUGAAAAAGCGGAUGAGGCAAAAAAGAGACUCUUGCAAAGAGACAAAGAAAUCUUGCUUGCUUCACGUACGUCCACCGCAAAGGUAGAAGACAAUGAUAUCUAUGAUCCCUUUAAUCCGACAAUGUCUGAAUCGAGUAGCUCAGACGAGGAACAGGAGAGCAAAAGUAAAAGCACUUUCUCAUCUCAUGCAGUUCUACCUCUCAAGCAAGGCGUUUUGAAAAACAGGCUGGAUUUCAAAAGUGAACGUGAAGAGGUCCAGAUCACACCAGAAGGAAUCAGAAUCAGAGAUGCACCGAGUACGAGCAAGCCAUCUGGUUGUAAAGUUAAGGUUGAAAAGGAAUCAACUGCAACGCAAACUGUUCAGCAAAUACCACCCACUGUGAGAGUGAAAAUGGAGCCAGAGAGCGACGACGAGCAGGAGGAGCAAAGGUUCAAGACUGGGGUUCAAAGUAGCAGAGAAAGGACAGAUGACACGUCGCCUGCACGUCUGAAAGUGGACAGUAAAAAGGAUAAAACUACGAUUAAAGAGGAAAACCUUCAUGUUGAAGUCACACCACACGUUGCGCAUUCACAUUCAAAGAAUUUACCACCAACCAGCUCUGUCUCCAAAAAGCUGCCACCGAAGGACAUCGUGUCUGACUCAAGGGAUUUAAACAGUAAAAAGGAAAGCAGCAUAAAGGGAGCUUCUUCAAAGCAUCGACGCUCCAGCUCAAGCAGCUCUGAGUCCGACAGGAGCAGAAGUCGAGAUUGUCACGGUGGAAAGGGAGACUUGGGCAAGGACUUGAAAAAAAGCUCCGGCAGGUCAAGAUCAGAGGAAAGGAAGACGAGACCUCAUUCACACACAAACAGUUCCAGUUCCAAUUCUCCUGAGAAGAUCCAUAAAAAGAGGCGGCACUCUCCUUCCUCCUCUCAUGCCAACAGUAGGAGGCGUUCCAGGUCCAGGUCCAGCAGCAGAGAGCGCUCAAGAAAAGCCAACCAUAACCACAAAAGCCCAGAAAGAAACGAUCGAGAGAGAGACCGCAACAGGCGAAGGUUGCCCAAAGAUGAGAGAAAACGUUCACGGUCCAGGGAAAAGAGGAAAAAUGAAGUACAAAACAGAGACAGAUCGAGUGGGAAAAGCUCAGAGGAGGGUCCAUCAAAGAGAUCCCAGUCAGCGCCUCAAUCGAAGCCAACGUCUGUUAAAGACAAGAUAAAAACGAAAGAGGUUCCUAAAAAUGCAUUCAAAGACAAAAUGGAUGUAAAAGUGGAAAUGCUUGACAUCCCCUUCUUGGCAGCUGAAGUUGUGAAGGAGGAGUGCAGAGAAGAUCCGGUGAAAGUUAAGGAGGUGGUUAAGCCAAUCAAAAAGGAAAAAGAAGCUCUACUGGAUAUCUUUGCUGAUUCUCCAAAGGCAGAGGAGAUUCAGGUCACUCAGGUCCCCAUCAAGACUGAAACCUGUGAGCUGGAAAUCAAAGUGGAGCCGAACCCUCCCGAGGUGUCUUCCCAGGCCUCGCUCAGCUCGUUGUCUUCAUUGAUCACACCUGAUGCCGCAGUGUCACAAACCCGGCCUGGCCCGGAGGCUCCAGCGGAGCAGGCACAGGGCGCCUCUGUGAAACAGGAAGUUCAGCAGCCCUCUGACUCGGAGGAUGACUUAACUGUGGACAUGAUGCUGGACAACCUGGACGACGUGAAGAGCGAGCGUGCGGAGGGAGAGGACGGCGGGUUUAAAGAGGAGAAGGUUGAGCAGGACAUGAAGAAAGAGGGGGAGCAGGUUUUGGUCACGUCUGGGGCCAAAUCCAAGUCUCAGGUCAAGCGGGUUACGUGGAACAUUCAGGAGCCAGAUGGUCCGCAGCCAGAGAAAGCCACCAGCAAGCUGGCCUUGUAUAAGAGGAAGCUGAAGCAGGAAGGAGUUCGCAGGACUUCCUCCACAGUCCAGAAUACACAGGAAACCAGUUCUGUUUCGACAAGUGACUCUGACAAGAAAACUGCCCCAGCAACUUCAACCUCCAAGCCUGAGAUGACAGAUGGGGAAUUGUCCAGACAAGAUGUGUAUCUAAAGAAGCUCCACAUGCAGGAGCGAGCAGUUGAGGAGGUGAAACUGGCCAUCAAACCUUUCUAUCAGAGGAGGGACAUCAACAAGGAAGAAUACAAGGAAAUAUUGCGUAAAGCUGUCCAGAAGGUGUGCCACAGCAAGAGCGGGGAGAUCAACCCAUUGAAGGUGGGCAAUCUGGUCAAAGCAUACGUGGACAAAUACAAACAUGCUCGCAAACACAAGAAAGGUGAGGAAUCCACGAAGAGCCAGCAGACCAAUGCUGAGCCCAUGGAUAUCUCCGACAGCCCAUGACGACUCCUGCUGCAGCAACCACUGCUGCAUUCAUCACUUUUUAAGAACGUUGUUUUAUGGCAUGCUUCAUGAAACGUUGUUAUAACUGAAAUUCAGAAUGUUUUCUACCGAGUUCUCUUGUCAGGUAUCGUCUCAUCUCGGAAAAUCCCCAACGCUCCCAAAGAGUUGGGGAUUAAAAGGAGAGUACAUGGUGUGAUUUCAAUUGUGUGCCGCAUUGAAGGCGUAUUUGUCAGCAAAAAGAGGAAUUCUGAUUCAUAAGAAGUAGCAUUAAGAGAUUUGGAUUGUGUAUAUUUGAAAGGCUGACUAAGGCAGACUCUUAUGCAACCUUUGUAGUGUAGUUUUAGAUUUGAUUGUACAGAUUUAAUUGUAUAAAAUUUUAUGUUUAUGCCUGUUUUGAUAAAUGACACCUUUUGUUUUCUGAACGUUUCAGUGGGAGAAUCCUUAAAUAUGAAUCAAAGAUGUUUAUUUGUUUGAGUUAGACAUUUGUGUUGAUUAAACAAGCAAAAAAACGAGUUCAUGCUGACGGUGGUUUCAGGAGCCUUAAAGAGUAGCUGUUUCGACAGGUUUCCUAAACAUGGUGCUCAGAGAUAUUUUUAUAUCCAAACUUUCUUUGACUGAAUGAACUCUGAACACCACUCUGUUGUUAUCCGCUUGUUGAGUUAUAAUGCGCUCCAGUCUGCUUUGUUUUUUUCUUGUCACAGUACUUUUGAUACCAAAUGAAAAAAGUAUCGUGUUUGACCUGGAUGAUAUUACCUGGUAUGUUGUCGUCAUUGAAAUGGCCAUUUAAAGGUCGCCACAGCAGCCCAUGUCACUAACAUUUCUUCUUCACAGAGAACA